AUGUCUGCUCACUGGGAUGACAUAGCGUACAACAUUCAGAGAAGUUAACUAUUAAGUCGUCAGGAUGAAAGGUCAGGAGGCAGGCCUUUAACUGGGCCGUGAGAAUGGAGAGAGCACGGUGCACUUUAACAUCUGCUUUCCCAGAGGAAAAAGGCAAAGAAGAAACAGCACAAUCACAGAAGAGUCUUCGUAACAGAAGCGCGAGGAGAGCAUUAUGGACAAGUUCUGCAACUCUACUUUUUGGGAUCUCUCAUUACUGGAAAGUCCAGAGGCUGACCUGCCUCUUUGUUUUGAGCAAACUGUUCUGGUGUGGAUUCCCUUGGGCUUUCUUUGGCUCCUGGCUCCUUGGCAACUUUACAGCGUGUACAGAUCCAGGACCAAGAGAUCUUCUAUAACCAAAUUCUACCUUGCCAAGCAGGUGUUCGUCGUGUUUCUUCUUAUUUUAGCAGCCAUAGACCUGUCUCUUGCGCUCACAGAAGAUACUGGACAAGCCACAGUUCCUCCUGUCAGAUAUACGAAUCCAAUCCUCUACCUGUGCACAUGGCUCCUGGUUUUGGCAGUCCAGCACAGCAGGCAAUGGUGUGUACAAAAGAACUCUUGGUUCCUGUCUCUGUUCUGGAUUCUCUCGGUCUUAUGUGGCGUAUUCCAGUUUCAGACUCUGAUACGAGCACUCCUGAAGGACAGCAAGUCCAACGUGGCCUACUCCUACCUGUUCUUCGUCUCCUACGGUUUCCAGAUUGUCCUCCUGAUUCUUACAGCCUUUUCAGGACCAAGUGACUCAACACAAGCUCCAUCAGUCACGGCUUCCUUUCUGAGUAGCAUUACAUUUAGUUGGUAUGACAGGACUGUUCUGAAAGGUUACAAGCAUCCACUGACACUAGAAGAUGUCUGGGAUACCGAUGAAGGGUUUAAAACAAGGUCAGUCACCAGCAAGUUUGAGGCGGCCAUGACAAAGGACCUGCAGAAAGCCAGGCAGGCUUUCCAGAGGCGGCUGCAGAAGUCCCAGCGGAAACCUGAGGCCACACUACACGGACUGAACAAGAAGCAGAGUCAGAGCCAAGACGUUCUCGUCCUGGAAGAGGCUAAAAAGAAGAAAAAGAAGUCUGAGAAGACCGCCAAAGACUAUCCCAAAUCGUGGUUGAUCAAGUCUCUCUUCAAAACCUUCCACGUAGUGAUCCUGAAAUCAUUUAUAUUGAAAUUAAUACAUGACAUUUUGGUGUUUCUGAAUCCUCAGCUGCUGAAGUUGCUGAUCGGUUUCGUGAAGAGCUCUAACUCAUACGUGUGGUUUGGCUAUAUCUGUGCAAUCCUAAUGUUUGCUGUGACUCUCAUCCAAUCUUUCUGCCUUCAGUCUUACUUUCAACAUUGUUUUGUGUUGGGAAUGUGCGUACGGACAACCGUCAUGUCUUCGAUAUAUAAGAAGGCAUUGACCCUAUCUAACUUGGCUAGGAAGCAGUACACCAUUGGAGAGACGGUGAACUUGAUGUCUGUAGAUUCCCAGAAGCUAAUGGAUGUGACCAACUACAUGCACUUGGUGUGGUCAAGUGUUGUACAGAUUACUUUGUCCAUCUUCUUCCUGUGGAGAGAGUUGGGACCAUCCAUCUUAGCAGGUGUUGGGGUUAUGGUUCUCCUAAUCCCCGUUAAUGGAGUUCUGGCUACCAAGAUCAGGAAUAUUCAGGUCCAAAAUAUGAAGAAUAAAGACAAACGUUUAAAAAUCAUGAAUGAGAUUCUCAGUGGAAUCAAGAUCCUGAAAUACUUUGCCUGGGAACCUUCAUUUCAAGAGCAAGUCCAGGGCAUUCGGAAGAAAGAACUCAAGAACUUGCUGCGGUUCGGCCAGCUGCAGACUCUGCUGAUCUUCAUUUUACAGAUAACUCCAAUCCUGGUGUCUGUGGUCACAUUUUCUGUCUACGUCCUGGUGGAUAGCGCCAAUGUUUUGAAUGCGGAGAAGGCAUUUACCUCCAUCACCCUCUUCAAUAUCCUACGCUUCCCUCUGUCCAUGCUUCCCAUGGUGACCUCAUCGAUCCUCCAGGCCAGUGUUUCUGUGGACCGGCUGGAGAGGUAUUUGGGAGGAGACGAUUUAGACACAUCUGCCAUUCGCCACGUCAGCAACUUUGAUAAAGCUGUGAAGUUUUCAGAGGCCUCUUUUACUUGGGACCCGGACUUGGAAGCCACAAUCCAAGAUGUGAACCUGGACAUAAAGCCAGGCCAACUGGUGGCUGUGGUGGGCACUGUAGGCUCUGGGAAAUCCUCUUUGGUAUCAGCCAUGCUGGGAGAAAUGGAAAACGUUCACGGGCACAUCACCAUCCAGGGAUCCACAGCCUAUGUCCCUCAGCAGUCCUGGAUUCAGAAUGGAACCAUCAAAGACAACAUCUUGUUUGGGUCCGAAUACAAUGAAAAGAAGUACCAGCAAGUUCUCAAAGCAUGCGCUCUCCUCCCAGACUUGGAAAUGUUGCCUGGAGGAGACAUGGCUGAGAUCGGAGAGAAGGGGAUAAAUCUCAGUGGUGGUCAGAAGCAGCGAGUCAGCCUGGCCAGAGCUGCCUAUCAAGAUGCGGACAUCUAUAUUCUGGACGACCCCCUGUCGGCUGUGGAUGCUCAUGUGGGAAAACACAUUUUCAACAACGUUGUGGGCCCCAAUGGCCUGUUGGCUGGCAAGACGAGAAUCUUUGUUACUCAUGGCAUUCACUUCCUUCCCCAAGUGGAUGAGAUUGUAGUUCUGGGGAAAGGCACCAUCUUAGAGAAAGGAUCCUAUCGUGACCUGUUGGACAAGAAGGGAGUGUUUGCUAAGAACUGGAAGACAUUUAUGAAGCAUUCAGGGCCUGAAGGAGAGGCCACAGUCAAUAAUGACAGUGAGGCGGAAGACGACGAUGAUGGGCUGAUUCCCACCGUGGAGGAAAUCCCUGAGGACGCAGCUUCCUUGGCCAUGAGAAGAGAAAAUAGUCUUCGCCGUACACUGAGCCGCAGCUCUAGGUCCAGCAGCCGACGUGGGAAGUCCCUCAAAAACUCCUUGAAGAUUAAAAAUGUGAACGUCUUGAAGGAGAAGGAAAAAGAAGUGGAAGGACAAAAACUAAUUAAGAAAGAAUUUGUGGAAACCGGGAAGGUCAAGUUCUCCAUCUACCUGAAGUAUCUACAGGCAGUAGGGUGGUGGUCCAUACUUUUCAUCAUCCUUUUCUACGGAUUGAAUAAUGUUGCUUUUAUCGGCUCUAACCUCUGGCUGAGUGCUUGGACCAGUGACUCUGACAACUUGAAUGGGACCAACAAUUCGUCUUCUCAUAGGGACAUGAGAAUUGGGGUCUUUGGAGCUCUGGGAUUAGCACAAGGUAUAUGUUUGCUUAUUUCAACUCUGCGGAGCAUAUAUGCUUGCAGAAAUGCAUCAAAAGCUUUGCACGAGCAGCUGUUAACCAACAUCCUCCGGGCACCCAUGAGGUUUUUUGACACAACUCCCACAGGCCGGAUUGUGAACAGAUUUUCUGGUGAUAUUUCUACUGUGGACGACUUGCUCCCCCAGACUUUUCGAAGCUGGACGAUGUGUUUCUUUGGCAUUGUUGGCACUCUUGUCAUGAUCUGCAUGGCCACCCCAGUCUUCGCUAUCAUCAUCAUUCCUCUCAGCAUUCUUUAUAUCUCGGUGCAGGUUUUUUAUGUGGCUACUUCCCGCCAGCUGAGACGGUUGGAUUCUGUCACCAAAUCUCCGAUCUAUUCUCACUUCAGUGAGACUGUCACAGGUUUGCCCGUUAUCCGUGCCUUUGAGCACCAGCAGCGAUUUCUAGCUUGGAAUGAGAAGCAGAUUGACACCAACCAGAAAUGUGUCUUUUCCUGGAUUACCUCCAACAGGUGGCUUGCAAUCCGGCUGGAGCUGGUUGGAAACUUGGUCGUUUUCUGUUCCGCCCUGCUGCUGGUUAUUUAUAGAAAAACCUUAACUGGGGACGUUGUGGGCUUUGUUCUGUCCAACGCCCUCAAUAUCACACAAACCUUGAACUGGCUAGUGAGGAUGACGUCAGAAGCAGAGACCAACAUUGUGGCUGUUGAGCGAAUAAGUGAAUACAUAAAUGUAGAGAAUGAGGCGCCCUGGGUGACUGACAAGAGGCCUCCAGCAGACUGGCCCAGACACGGUGAGAUCCAGUUUAACAACUAUCAAGUGCGGUAUCGGCCGGAGCUGGAUCUGGUACUGAAAGGGAUCACUUGUAACAUCAAGAGCGGAGAGAAGGUCGGCGUGGUGGGCAGGACUGGGGCUGGGAAAUCAUCCCUCACAAACUGCCUCUUCAGAAUCUUAGAGUCUGCGGGGGGCCAGAUCAUCAUUGAUGGCAUAGAUGUUGCCUCCAUUGGAUUGCACGACCUUCGAGAGAGGCUGACCAUCAUUCCCCAGGACCCCAUUUUGUUCUCGGGGAGUCUGAGGAUGAAUCUCGACCCUUUCAACAAAUAUUCAGAUGAGGAGGUUUGGAGGGCCCUGGAGUUGGCUCACCUCAGAUCCUUUGUGGCUGGCCUACAGCUUGGGUUGUUAUACGAAGUGACAGAGGGUGGUGACAACCUGAGCAUAGGGCAGAGGCAGCUCCUAUGCCUGGGCAGAGCUGUGCUUCGAAAAUCCAAAAUUCUGGUCCUGGAUGAAGCCACGGCUGCAGUGGAUCUCGAGACGGAUAGCCUCAUUCAGACGACCAUCCGAAAGGAGUUCUCCCAGUGCACGGUCAUCACCAUCGCUCACAGGCUGCACACCAUCAUGGACAGUGACAAGAUAAUGGUCCUAGACAACGGGAAGAUUGUCGAGUACGACAGUCCUGAAGAACUGCUGUCCAGCAGAGGUUCCUUCUAUCUGAUGGCCAAGGAAGCCGGCAUUGAAAAUGUGAACCACACAGAGCUCUAGCUGGCGGACUAUACGAACAGUUUCUAUUAUUUGCUUUGGUUUUUGUGACUGUGCUCUAGGUGAAAAGACAUAUAUUUUGUUCCCGUUGCUCAGGUUGGCCUCAAACUCUAAGGUUCCAGCAAUCUCUGGUCUCAGCCAGAGACCUGUAAAAAUAGACACUUCAAAGAUUAUCAUGAAUAAAUAUUUAAAUAAAUAGUA